CGUCGCCCACGUUGGCCCCGCCCACUUCCGCGAUCGGCGCGCGCUGAUUGGCUGAGCCGGGGGUGACCCCAGCGCGCGCCCCGGGAUGGCGGCGGCGGGGCUGGGCCGGGGCCCGCUCUGGCUGCGCUGCCGCUCCUGGCGCGGUUUCUGCUCCCAGACGGACGCGGAGGCGCGGCUGGCGCGGCUGCUGCGGGAGAAGUUCCCGCGGGCCUCGGCCAUCAAGGUGUUGGAUGUCUCAGGGGGCUGCGGUGCCAUGUAUGAAAUCCACAUCGAGUCAGAGGAGUUCCGGGAGAAGCGAACGGUGCAGCAGCACCAGAUGGUGAACCAGGCCCUGAGCGAGGAGAUCAAGCACAUGCACGGCCUGCGGAUCUUCACCUCGACCCCCAAGGCCUGAGGCUGCUCCAGCAGCAAUAAAAUGCUCCAGGAGGGGCCCCCAGGGAGGUGAAUUCCACCCAGGGUUGUGUGUUCAAUCAGAAUGUGAAUAACACCCAGGGUUGUGUGUUCAAUCAGGGCCCCAUGGGGCAGGGAAAGGAGAGGAGAAACCCUCUUCCUCUGAAAGAAGAGCAGGAAGAAACUUUAUUAUUAUUAUUAU